UUUCCCCUGUCUCCCCGGACUAAAUAUCAACUCCAUGUCAUCAAGAAUCUUGGUGGUGUCAUCCACGAACGGGCCUCAAGGAGCAAGUAGGAGGAAAAGGCAAGAACCAAUGAGCGAAAGGGUGAACUAAUGACUAAAUAGAUGAAUAUCAGUUCUUCACCUUAUAAAACAGGGGUCACAACCUCAAAGGUCACUGCUCAAGACAGUAACCUUUCCGCCCGCUGAGCCCGUCAAAACCACCCAACGGCCCGAAGACCACCAGUUGGAGUCCAGGACAGCGAGCAGAGCUUUCGUCCCCACUGAGCAGAGCUUCUGCGUGUCUCCGGUACCGCUGAAAGUCCCUCUAGCCAGCCGCACCCAUGCUUCUGGCGCGGAUGAACCCGCAGGUGCAGCCCAGCGGGGAGGACCCUGAACCCGAGCAGUCCUUGCCCGCUUGCCAAACCGCGGAUCUGCUGGUGGUGAAGGAACGCAACGGCGUCCAGUGCCUCCUGGCGCCCCGCAACAGCGAUGCGCAGCCCCGAGAGACCUGGGGCAAGAAGAUCGACUUCUUGCUGUCGGUGGUCGGCUUCGCGGUGGACCUGGCCAACGUGUGGCGCUUCCCCUACCUCUGCUACAAGAAUGGUGGCGGUGCCUUCCUGAUUCCAUACACCCUGUUCCUCAUCAUUGCUGGGAUGCCCCUGUUCUACAUGGAGCUGGCUCUCGGGCAGUACAACCGGGAAGGGGCGGCCACCGUCUGGAAGAUCUGUCCUUUCUUCAAAGGAGUCGGCUAUGCUGUGAUCCUCAUUGCCCUCUACGUUGGCUUCUACUACAAUGUCAUCAUCGCCUGGUCGCUCUACUACCUCUUCGCCUCCUUCACCUUCACCCUGCCUUGGACCAACUGUGGCCAUGCCUGGAACAGCCCCAACUGCACCGACCCCAAGCUCCUCAAUGGCUCCGUGCUGGGCAACCACACCAAGUACUCCAAGUACAAGUUCACGCCAGCAGCAGAGUUUUAUGAGCGUGGUGUCCUGCAUCUUCACGAGAGCAGCGGGAUUCACGACAUCGGCCUGCCCCAGUGGCAGCUCCUCCUCUGUCUGAUGUUUGUUGUCGUCAUCCUGUAUUUCAGCCUCUGGAAAGGUGUGAAGACAUCAGGAAAGGUGGUGUGGAUCACGGCCACCCUGCCGUACUUUGUGCUCUUCGUGCUCCUGGUCCAUGGCGUCACGCUGCCCGGCGCCUCCAACGGCAUCAACGCCUACCUGCACAUCGACUUCCACCGCCUAAAGGAGGCCACGGUGUGGAUUGAUGCUGCAACUCAGAUAUUCUUUUCCUUGGGGGCUGGAUUUGGAGUCUUGAUCGCAUUCGCCAGUUACAACAAGUUUGACAACAACUGUUACAGGGACGCCCUGCUGACCAGCACCAUCAACUGUGUCACCAGCUUUAUCUCUGGGUUUGCCAUCUUCUCCAUCCUCGGUUACAUGGCGCAUGAACACAAGGUCAACAUCGAGGAUGUUGCCACUGAAGGAGCUGGCCUCGUGUUCAUCCUGUAUCCAGAAGCCAUUUCCACCCUGUCGGGAUCGACAUUCUGGGCUAUCUUGUUUUUCAUCAUGCUCCUGGCCCUGGGCCUUGACAGCUCCAUGGGAGGCAUGGAGGCUGUCAUCACGGGCCUGGCCGACGACUUCCAGGUGCUCAAGCGACACCGGAAACUCUUCACGUUGGGCGUCACUGUGGGCACUUUCCUUCUGGCCCUGUUUUGCAUAACCAAGGGUGGAAUCUACGUGCUGACUCUCCUGGACACGUUUGCGGCCGGCACCUCCAUCCUCUUUGCUGUGCUGAUGGAAGCCAUCGGAGUGUCCUGGUUCUAUGGUGUGGACAGGUUUAGCAACGACAUCCAGCAGAUGAUGGGGUUCAAGCCCGGGCUGUAUUGGCGACUGUGCUGGAAGUUUGUGAGCCCUGCCUUCCUCCUGUUCGUGGUGGUGGUCAGCAUCAUCAACUUCAAGCCGCUCACCUACGACGACUACGUCUUCCCGCCCUGGGCCAACUGGGUGGGCUGGGGCAUCGCCCUGUCCUCCAUGGUCCUGGUCCCCGCCUACAUCAUCUACAAGUUCCUCAGCCUGCGGGGCUCCCUCUGGGAGAGAGUGGCCUACGGCGUCACACCGGAGAAUGAGCACCACCUGGUGGCGGAGAGGGACGUCAGGCAGUUCCAGCUGAAGCACUGGUUGGCCAUCUGAACCUGACCCCAAGGAGGAGGAACCCACCGUCCAGGCCAGAGGCAGCUGCUUCCCUCCUGCCCCGGACGCUGUCCUGUCGUUGCUCUCCUGGAGAUGCCCUUUCUGACCCCCAUAUUCUACUUCUCCCAGUUACAAAGAAUUGAGUGGCUCUGACUUUU